CCAUUCCUCGUCUCUUAGCAACCGAUAGACGCGCCGCUGGCCUGCCAGCACGGACACUGUACCUAGAAACUGCUCAGGAACUCACACACCGCCGCCAUGUCCUCCAAACUAAGCAAAAAGAGGGAAUCAGGCCACCGACUGUCAUCGGCACUGGGACAAACCCCACGAGACAUAGCAUCACUGUUUGCCAGUUCCUUGACAUCAUCGAUUGAAGUUAAAAAAGGAAAGGUCACAAUAUGGCCUGAAUGGAAUGAUUCAGAUAUAAACUCAGAGAAAUGGGACUCAGGAAAAGGCACCAAAGAGAAAGAGAAAACAGGAAAAAUUCCAGCCCUUCAGCACUUUUUUGAUGAUCCAGAAGGGAAAAUUGAACUACCAGCCAAUCUGAAGAUACAUUCAUGGAAGCGUCCACAUGAAUUCAUAGCAAGCAUGCCUCCUGUAGUUGUGAAAGAUGAAACUUCAUUUGACUUGUUUUCAGCAAAUAAACAUUUAACUGGAAGUGAGCUCAUGAGGUGGAUAAUUAGUGAGGUUAAUGCUGUCUGGAAAAUAUAUAAUACAAACCUCAUAAACAAUAAAGCCUCAACACAAGAUCCAACUUCUUUGGUGUGGAAACCAUGGGAACACAUUUAUGCCCUUUGCAAAGCUGCUAAAGGGCAUAUGCCUCUGUAUAACAGUUAUGGAAAAUAUAUUGUGAAGCUUUUCUGGAUGGGAUCCUGGCGCAAAAUUGUUGUGGAUGACACUUUUCCCUUCAGUGAAGACAACAAGUUGCUUCUUCCAGCAACUACAUGUGAGACUGAGCUGUGGCCUCUGCUAUUGUCCAAAGCUAUAAUUAAGCUGGCGAGCAUUAAUACUAAUGGAUUUGCUAAAAGAGAAUUAGGAGAAUUUACUGUUCUACAUUCACUGACUGGAUGGUUACUAGAGGUUAUACCACUUGAAAACAAUUAUUUAAAUGAAGUCUGGGAUCUCUUAAAGGGAAUAGUUCCUGAAUACACGUUACCUGAUGAAGAAAAUCCUGAUGCUAAAUCUCCUACCACUGAUGACAAAUCAAAGGAAAUAAAGCCACCUGAAGUUAAAAUAGAUGGACCUGUUAUCCCAGUCAUUAUAAAGCCACCUGAGAAGUCCAACAAAGAACAAAGAGAUGCUGGAAAAAAGAAAGGAGAAAAGGAAAAAAUUAGAUCUGCUUCUCAUUCUGCACGCCCUGCUUCAGAAUUAUCAAACCCACUUCUUCAGUCAACCCAAGACUGCAGUAUGGUGCAAAUGACUCCGCAGAUGGUGGUGUAUGCUAGCUACUCACCGCUCCAACUGAGUGAACAUAAGACUUCUGUGCUGGGGCAGAUGGCAGACUCUUCAGAAAAGUUACGGCAAUAUGGUCUUUCUCAUAUUUACAACCAUCCAGUGCUUGUAACUAGAACCAGAUCCUGUCCUCUAGUUGGUUCUCCAAAGCCCCCACCUGUACCACGAUGGAAACUUAUAAGGCCAAAAAAGGAAAUUACAGUGACAGAUGAAGCAAAAGAACCCGUAGAGAAACAACCCGAGCAGUUUGUUGAAAUUAGUACCCCUUUUCUCAAUUUUCGACUUAAUUCAAUCAACGUACCUACAGAAGUAAGCAAGGUCCAGACUUCUCCAAGUAGAAGCUCUUUAGCAGCAUUUAGUCUGGCUUCUCUCAAUGAAACAGAGGAAAAUGUUGAAAGCAAUAACAUUAUCAAAAGUCUUCAGUUAUGUGCUGGAGAUGAAACUGAGGCAAGUUCCAUCAUUAAAGAUGCUACUGGAUUGAACAAAGGAACAGAUGGUGUCACAGAAAACACACCUCUAGAUAUGUGCACAUCUAUGUCUAAUCAACCAACUCAUGGUAUAGAAAAAAACCCGGAAAAUAAAGUAAUGGAAAAGAAACUGCCCCCCACACAAACAUGGAUGGAUUUUUCAGACUUCUGCAAGUGUUUCCAGACUUUAUAUGUUUUUCACAAACCAAAUACCUAUCCUUACACAUGCCGGAAAUCAGACUUCAAGACAACAGAUGAACGCGGGUUUUAUUACUUGCAUAUAGACAACUUGAAGCCUACAGAAGUUUUAGUUAGCUUUUCAGCUCUGGCACACUGGGGAGAUUCACCUUUCACAGAAGAACCUGGAUUGCAAAAAAGCCUUUUAACUGCUGAGCAGUUUUCCUGGAAAAAUGUAUGCACUGGACCAGUUGUUUUAAAAAUACAUACAUAUGUAACAAAAUCCACUAUGAUUAGUCUUCCUCCUGGGCGUCAUGUUUUACGUUUCACAGCAAGUUCCCCCUUCGGGCACCACAUACACCUCUGUAGUACAGAACCAUUUGUCUUUGGUGAUGAAGAAACAGUUAUGCCAUACCUAGAAAAGGAAAGCUGUCGCUUUAUGGAACAAGUUAAGCAUAUACUUAAAGCAGUUUGGAAAGUGUUUAAUACAUUUAGCAAUGAAAAUGAACUUUCUCAAGCCCUAAAGGAGCUGGAAUUAGCAGUUUAUCCACAGAAAAGAGGCAGUUUGCAAUUAGCCAAAGAGCAUUUCCAGAUAUUCAAAACUGCCUUGUGGCAGGUUUUCGUUGAAGCCAUGGGAAGUAAAGUUACACAGGACCUGAUAUUUGCAUUCAGAGCUCUCACCUUGGACUUUGACCUUGUUUUGACAAAAAAUACAGAUACUAAAUAUGAAAUUCCACCAUCCUGGCAAAAGAGAGAUGCUACUAGCCAAGAAGAAGCAGCUGCAAUGAAAUUACAGGCUUGCUGGAGAGGAAUAUACAUUAGAAAAUUUGGGCAGUCUAGAAAAGCAGGAACCAAAGAAAAGAGUUGUGUUCAAGAAACCCUAGAAAAAGUGAGAAAUGCGCUUGAACCAAAUGCUGAACAACAUGGUAUUUCUCUUUUGAGAUACAUGUUUAAACACAGUUCUUCUUCUUGUGAAUACUCCUGCUCUGAGGAUGAACGCUAUAGGAUAUCGUUCAGCGAUUUUACUAUAUCUUACAAUGAUCAGCCUGCUAAUUCAUGGUUUGUUUUAUCCAGAGAAGUAUUUAAUGUAUGUGAAGACAUGCUAAUAGUACCGAAGAUCUAUACCACUAUUCCAGUCUGUGUUCUUCAUGUCAUAGAUAAUGAUACACUGGAGGAAAUGCCAUGGGUUUUUAACAAAGUAGCACCUCAUAUUUAUACUAAGAACAAGAAAGGCUACACAUUUGUGGCAGAAGCUCAUUCUGGCGACUUCAGCAUAUCAUCUGGGAAGUGCAGACUUCGACUGAUUGGGGCCUGCAAACCUCUUCCUUCUCUUUCUCGUGAUGCUGUAACCAACAACUUCUCUGUAAAGGAAAUCAGAGACUAUUACCUCCCCAAUGAUAACAACAUCAUUUUCAGAUAUGCAGUGAAAACCUCAGUAGAGCACAUGGCAACCAUACAAGUUCAGACAAGUAAACCAGAUGCAUAUUUCAAGAUACAGAUUUUGGAUAAUGGUGAAGAGCUUGUCAGCGCUACUGGAAAAGGUCAAGCAGUCAUUCCUGCAGUAUGUUUUCUGCCCAAUGAAAGACCUUUGAGUGCUUUUUCAAGCAAAAGUCAGACUUUACUGAAUGGAACAAAGAAAGGAAGAGUUACUUCAGGAGGCAGUACUAAAAACAGCAAGAUGAGAACAGAAGUCAUAUCAGACCCUCAUCAGGAGGAAGGACAGAACGUAUCAGAAAAUGAAAACCCUGAGAUAAAAACAACACCGCUAGCGCGACACAAGUACAUUGUACAAGCUACAGUGCUAUAUAAAAGCUGGCCACUUACAGAGAGCCAGGCAGCAUUCAUUGAAAGUCUAAAGGAUCAGGAGAAACUGGACAUGAAAGAUAAACAUGAGGAUAUGACAGACUUUUCCAGCAGCAACGAAAGCCAAAAAUCUUUUGGAACUCCAAAAACUGCCAAAAAAGGAAAAGAAAAGGCAACAGAGAAGCCGGACAAGUCUGCUAAAGAACGAGAAAGACUUCAGUCAGCCGGUACCUCUAGACCUGAAUCCAGAGUUGCCCAGCAGCAGUUAGAGUCACAUAAGCCAUGGUGGGUUCUGCGGCUGGUCAGCGAGGGAAGUGAAGCAGAUACUGUAGAAGUAAAGAAAGAUACUGAGCGAAUUGAUGAGAUCAGAGCCAUGAAACAAGCUUGGGAACUGGCAGAACCAGGAAGAGCCAUCAAGGCGCUUCAGUCACGUCUGAGGUACAUCAAUAAUUAUACACAAAAGGUGCCAAACGGUCAGACAGAAGAUAAUAAAAGCUCACAAGAUCCACAAAUAUUGUCUGGGGAUGAUACUAUCGCAUCUAACCUGAUAAAAGAGACUCAGUCUGCUGACCCUACAGAACCUACUGUAAGCAUUGUAAUGCAACCUUUGGCCUUAACUCCCUUUAUGAGGAAAACCAGAUCUGAGCCAGAGUUAAGGGAUGAGUUUGUUAUUCAUCAACAGGCAAUGAAAAAAGCAGAGGAAAUUCAAACGUUUAGACAAUUACGGGAAGAAGUCGUAGCGCAAAGAAAGCAGGAACAAAAUGCCAGGAAUUUGCUAAAGAAAAAAGUUAUACACAUGUAUGAAGAUUUGCAGAUCUCCUUAGAUAAUGCUCGUGAGCAAAUCCUCAGUGCCCGGGAGUCAUACAGAAAUACAUUUUUGGAGGCUGAGCUGAAAAAACAAGAACAACUGACUGCUCAAGAGACGGCACCUCAGGCUGAACCAGAAAAGAGCCCGUCACAAAAAAGGAAAAGUGGCAGAAGCUCAUCAAAGAAGAAGUAAAAUGGGUGCAAGUACCAAACAUUUACUGGAAGUUUUUUGUUACAUAUAAAGGAAAUAAAGUAAUUUACAUUGA